AUGGUAAACCCCCAAAUGCCACCCUUCCUUUAUCCCAUUAACCUUCUGCUUAGGUCACCAGCAAACCCAGAACCCCCAGCAGAUCUCCUAAGCGACUUCGUACUAGCCUACCGCGAAAAGCUCUAUUUCCAACCCCUCCCACUCUUCGACCCGCGCCGUCUCCAAUUAAAGAUUGGCACACUACCGCAUUAUCUCCGCUGGAGUUUUCUCGCUCUGACGCUGCAUUUUACAAGUCAUAACUUCUACUAUGGACUGGAAGCGAAAGCUAUUGAGUAUUAUACUACAUCUGCGAGGAGUAUAUUCGUUGAUAUGGCGGCUGAGGGUCUUGCGCAGUUGGAGGUUAUGCAGGCUCUGUGUCUCCUUGCCCUUUGCGAUCACAUAGCUGGAAAACCCUCGCGAGCAUGGAUGAUGGUCGGUAUGGCUGCAAAACUCGAAGCUCUACGUCUCUCUGAUUCUAAAGCGGACUUGAACUCUCGACAUUCCGAUGAUGCUAUCUCACGGUGUCACUGGAGCAUUGCUAUCUUGGAGAGCACGUUUAUACCAAACUGCAACACUCUAACCGAAAUAUCCGGCGCCCCAGCUUAUCCGAAAAGCGUAUCGCGACCAACACCACUGCACUCUUCACACGGGAUGAAAAGCUACUGCGCCGAUCUAACAGACGCAUACGAAGGAAACGUCCAAGAUGUAGGUAUUAUAGCAACAUGUCUGGGAUACAUCUCCGUCUGGGGAAGUAUAAUCUCUUAUCUAAGAGAUAUCCGUAACGGAGCAAACGAAUAUCCAUGGCUCGCUACAUCUCGCCACAGCCAACUCACCGUCAAACUCUACGAACUCGAAAACAUCACAUCACACAGACAUCUAAUCCGCAACGCCCCCUUCCCAGACCAACCAACCGAAGACCUCUCCGAACACCGCGAAUACUGGGCCCCAUGGGUAUCAUUCCAGAUAAUGAUGCACGCCACCCAAGCAGUUCUCAACAACCCCUUCGUCCAACUUGUCGCACUCCGAAGAGCAGGCCGAAACUUCCAGCCGAGGUCGUUUUUGCAGAAUACAGUUGAUCAAGCGCUUUUUCAUGCGGAGUGGGUUUCGAGAUUGGUGCAGAUGUGCGCGGAUAGGCAGUUUGAAGUUAAUGAUCCUUUGAUUGGACAGGCUGUUGCUGGGUGUGUCUCGAUAUUGUGGAUUUUCCAAUUUGCGAGGGACAGGAAAGUUUCUGAGAAGGCGAAAGAGAAUCUGAUUACUUGCGAGACCUUCCUGGGGCAUUUGGCGCGUAAAUGGCCUCACAUUGCAGAAAAGCUCGAAAUCCUCCGCACGCUCAACGUCAAAGUCGCAAAGCAACAAGCCACACCACAAGAAGACGAAUCAACAAGCGCGACCAUUAAGUUCGAACCAGAUAUGAUGUGGGAACUUCUCGAUCCCGCAAUGUCAGGUGUCGACUGGGCUAGUCUGUGCAGUUCAGCAAAGAGCAAAAGUUCGCACGCAGCUACGAUACGUGUCGCAACGAAAUUCGUUCAUCCAAUUAAUAAUGAGGCGGAGAGUGCGCCGGUGCAGGAUCCUGUGCAUAAUUUGUUUGAUCUGGAGGAUGUUUAUGGGGAGCCCUUUUUGGAUCAGUUCUUUUCGGAUAGUUUGUUGGUUAAUAUUUCGUAG